AUGCUGCCAAAAUCGCCGAACGGGUGUUCGAGAACGGGAACUAGGCGUGGCUGCCUGCUAAGUGCGACGACAGAAGUGCCUAUUGCCGAGGCGAGUACUCUCCUCGACGCCUUCACCAGCUUUCUCACCGUCUCGAUCCACACUAUCCUCUACAAUCGCAACAUCUAUCCCAGAGAUACCUUUCUCUCCGCCAAAGCAUUUAACCUGCCUGUCCACCAGUCCCGCCAUCCCAAGGUCUGCUCAUGGAUCAACGAUGCCGUCGACGCGGUCAUGGCUCAGCUAGCCAAGGGCACCGUGGAGAGGGUGGCUGUGGUCAUCCAUUCGCCGCUCAAGCCACCACCUGCCAAGGUCUCGGUUGUCCGCCAGCUGCCUCCUGGAAGUGUGCUUGAGAGGUGGAUGUUUGAUGUCUCUCGGUUCCCGUCCUGGCCUGGCGGUAUAGAGGCAUUGAAGAGCCUUCGUGGGGAGGGAGAAGACCACCAGCAGGACGAAAACAAGCAGCAGCACGAUGAUGAAGACUCGGAGGAGGGCGAAAGUGUCAGGGCCACCGACGACGACAACGACGAUGACAACGAAAACCCGGCUGCUACCAUCAAUUGGGUCGACGUCGAUGAGCAACUUAGAGGUGCGGCGCGCCGCCUUGCCUACGCGGGCGAGAAGAUGGAUGCGCUGCCCGAGGGCUGCACGUUCACAGUGGUCGUUGAACUACGAGACAAGGCCCGGGCGCCAAUAGGGUACCCUCAGCCAUGGAUCCCUUCACAAUCUGGACUGAAGGGCGCUACGCAGAAUCGCGGGAAGGUUGCCAAUGCUGGUGGUGCUGAUACUGCCGCCGCCGCCACCAUCCCUAUCCGCACGAUCGAGACUGGACCCUUGUUCCUCGAGUGUUGGGUUGAGGAGGGCAAAGCAAAGGAUGUCCUGCCAAUGUCUGAGAGCCACAAAGGACCACAAUCUUCCGAAUGAGCUCAUUCAUCCACAAGACGGAAAACAUCACCACCCUUGGUCCAAUCCAAGACGGGGCCAUUGCGCGCUACCAACGUUUAAAACCGAGGAUCUCUAUAAUUGAACGCCAAAUUUAUCGUCUACAUCAAGAGGGCACCGCCGACCAUGGCCGCGGCACCCAUGAACACGGCGUUCUGGGUCAUCUUCGGGACGCCACCAGUACUUGAGGAAGUCGACCCGGUUGUCGAUCCAGAAGUUGAUCCAGUCGUGCUCGCGGCGAGUUUCUCCAGGCCGGCCGUGACCGUCACAGGCAGAGUGUAAGAGCUGAUGCCUGUAACCACAGCACUUCCAGAGCUCGUCACCAUCGCUGUCGAGGCGGCAGUCCCGGAGAUGUCGUAAUCGAUCGUUGUCAUAGACGUGGUACAUGUUGCUGUGUCGGAGGUGAUGGCGCAAGAAAUGUCGAUAGUCCUGGAAACAGUCAGCCACCACUCAUAUUCGAACAUAGCCAGUUUUAAACAUAGUCAGUCUAGCUUAUGCCUUACCCAAUAGCUGACUCUGUCAUGUGGACCUCUAGCACGGCAGGCCCGUCGACG